AUGGCAAGAAAAUUUGAGAAGAUGGCAUCUAUUGAUGCCCAGCUGAGGGCUUUGGCCCCCGGGAAAGUCUCCGAUGACGACAAGCUUGUCGAGUACGACGCUCUGCUUUUGGAUCGUUUCCUCGAUAUUCUUCAGAGCUUACAUGGAGAAAAUCUCAGGGAAACGGUGCAAGACUGCUACGAGCUUUCUGCAGAGUACGAGGGAAAGCGAGAUCUGAAAAAGUUGGAAGAGCUUGGGAAUAGGCUGACAAAUUUGGAUCCAGGGGAUUCAAUUGUGAUUGCGAAAGCCUUUUCUAACAUGCUCAACUUGGCCAACUUGGCCGAGGAGGUCCAGAUUGCUUCUCGGAGGCGCAACAAGGCCAAGAAAGGGGAUUAUACCGAUGAGAGCAAUGCAACGACUGAGUCGGACAUAGAAGAGACUCUCAAGAGGUUGGUUUUUCAGUUGAAGAAGUCUCCUCAAGAAGUUUUUGACGCGUUGAAGAAUCAGACCGUGGAUUUGGUCCUCACCGCUCAUCCCACCCAGGCUGUUCGAAGAUCGUUGCUUCAGAAGCACGGAAGGAUCCGUAAUUGCUUAAAGCAAUUGUAUGCCAAAGACAUAACUCCUGAUGAUAAACAAGAGCUAGAUGAGGCUUUGCAGAGGGAGAUUCAAGCUGCUUUUCGAACUGAUGAAAUACGAAGGACCCCUCCUAACCCCCAAGAUGAAAUGAGGGCGGGGAUGAGUUACUUUCAUGAAACAAUCUGCAAAGGCGUCCCAAAAUUUCUGCGUCGUGUUGACACAGCACUGAAGAAUAUCGGGAUCAAUGAGCGCAUCCCAUACAAUGCUCCUAUAAUCCAAUUUUCUUCCUGGAUGGGCGGAGACCGCGAUGGCAAUCCGAGGGUUACUCCUGAAGUAACGAGGGACGUAUGCUUAUUGGCCAGAAUGAUGGCUGCUAACUUAUACUAUUCCCAAAUAGAGGAGCUUAUGUUUGAGUUAUCUAUGUGGCGUUGCAACGAAGAUCUUCGUGUCCGAGCUGAUGAACUCCACAGGUCUUCUAAUAGAGAUGCAAAGCAUUUCAUAGAGUUUUGGAAAACGAUAUCUGUGAGCGAACCCUAUCGUGUUAUCCUCGGAGAUGUGAGGGAUAAGCUCUACCAAACACGCGAACGCUCUCGCCAUUUAUUAACUCAAGGAACAUCAGAUAUCCCGGAAGACCAGACAUUCACCUCUGUUGGACAGCUGUUGGAACCUCUUGAGUUGUGCUAUAGAUCCCUAAAUGCUUCCGGGGAUGGCUCGAUAGCGGAUGGAUGCCUUCUCGAUUUUCUCCGCCAGAUCUCCACGUUCGGGCUGUCCUUGGUGAGGCUUGACAUACGGCAAGAGUCGGAGAGGCACACCGAUGUCCUGGACGCGGUGACAAAGCACUUGGACAUAGGCUCAUAUCGAGACUGGUCGGAGGAGAGGAGGCAGGAAUGGCUCCUCUCCGAGCUGAGCAGCAAACGUCCCCUGUUCGGAUCCGAUCUCCCCAAAACGGAAGAGAUCACUGAUGUCCUUGGCACGAUCGAGGUGCUGGCGGAGCUCCAACCGGACUGCUUCGGGGCAUACAUUAUCUCAAUGGCCACUGCACCUUCAGACGUGCUGGCGGUGGAGCUUCUCCAGCGAGCGUGCCACGUGAAGAAACCUCUAAGAGUCGUCCCGCUCUUUGAGAAGCUGGCUGAUCUAGUGGCUGCUCCUGCUUCCGUUGCGCGCCUCUUCUCGAUCGAGUGGUACAAGGAGAGGAUCAACGGUAAGCAGGAGGUCAUGCUCGGGUACUCGGACUCGGGCAAAGAUGCGGGCAGGCUGUCUGCAGCGUGGCAGCUCUACAAGGCUCAGGAGGAGCUCGUCAAUGUGGCCAACAAGUACGGCGUCAAGCUGACCAUGUUCCACGGCCGUGGCGGAACUGUUGGGAGAGGAGGCGGCCCCACUCACCUGGCUAUAUUGUCUCAACCCCCGGAGAGCGUGCAAGGCUCUCUCCGUGUCACGGUUCAGGGAGAAGUAAUCGAGCAGUCCUUUGGCGAGAAGAACCUCUGUUUUAGAACACUCCAACGCUACACUUCCGCUACGCUGGAGCAUGGCAUGAACCCCCCCAUCUCCCCGAAUCCCGAGUGGCGCAAGCUGCUUGAUGAGAUCACGGAGGUUGCCACGGAGGAGUACCGCUCCAUCGUCUUCAAAGAGCCACGCUUUGUCGAGUACUUCCGCCUUGCCACCCCUGAGAUGGAGUAUGGUAGGAUGAACAUCGGGAGCCGGCCAUCGAAACGGAAGCCAAGCGGAGGGAUUGAGUCCCUGCGUGCAAUCCCAUGGAUCUUCGCGUGGACGCAGACGAGAUUCCAUCUCCCGGUGUGGCUAGGGUUCGGAGGGGCAUUCAAACACGCAUUAAAGGAUGGGAAGAAGAUGAUGAUGCUACAAGACAUGUACAACAACUGGCCUUUCUUCCGAGUGACAAUCGACCUAGUGGAGAUGGUGUUGGCCAAGGGAGACCCGAGCAUUGCGGCCUUGUAUGACAAGCUCCUAGUCUCAGAAGAGCUCUGGGCUUUCGGCGAGAAACUGAGGACAAACUACGAGGAGACGAAGUCCCUUGUGCUACAGAUCGCAGGGCAUAAGGACCUCUUGGAAGGGAACCCAUACCUGAAGCAACGGCUGCGGCUGCGCGACUCCUACAUCACGACGUUGAACGUGUGCCAAGUCUACACACUGAAGCGGAUCCGUGAUCCCAACUACCAUGUGGAGCCCAACUCCUCUCAUUCAGACCUCCUCAAGCUCAACCCCGCCAGCGACUACGCGCCAGGAUUGGAAGACACCCUCAUCUUGACCAUGAAGGGCAUUGCUGCCGGAAUGCACAACACUGGAUGAUUCUCUUUUUUUUAUUUAAUAGUCACAUAUGCAUUUGGCGUAAUACAUAUCUUCGUGUGGCUUGUCAACAUGUCAUAUUUUUAAGUCUUUCAAACUGCAGAUUAGCUA